GUCGGCUACGUUACGUACGGUUGUCAAGCUUAAAAAAAGAAGCCAUGUGUCGGAAUUAGAAGAACGUGCGGGGAGUCCGAGAGCGAGUCCGCUUUCUGUGCCGCUGGUACGCCCGGGGAUUCCCUUGUUUUCCGGCUACUAAAUGACUAAAUGUAUAGAAAGGUGAAAUAAAGAGGAACUAGGUGGAAACAUCUGAACGCAGAGUAACAACUUAGGAGAGCGGAAACCUGCGAAAACAACACAACCUCAACGUUAGCGUCUCCGACUGUCCUCUCCUCGGGGUGCUGAAGCGACAGCGGUGGACUCAAACUGAAGCGACCCGCUGUCGCUCCACAAACUGACUGUGCUGUCUGUUGCUGCCGCACAGGUCUGUUCAGAAGAGCAAGGCUCUUGUGGCAUGACGACGACUAACAAAGGAAAUAAAGCCUUGAAGGUGAAGCGUGAGCCAGGGGAGAAUGGCACCAGCCUCACAGACGAGGAACUGGUGACCAUGUCAGUGCGGGAGCUAAACCAGCACCUCCGAGGGCUCUCCAAAGAAGAGAUCCUGCAACUGAAACAGCGGCGGCGCACCCUGAAGAACCGGGGAUACGCCGCCAGCUGCCGGGUGAAGCGAGUCACCCAGAAGGAGGAGCUGGAGAAGCAGAAGGCCCAGCUGCAGCAGGAGGUGGACAAACUGGCCAAUGAGAAUGCUUCGAUGCGCAUUGAGCUGGACGCUCUGAGGUCUAAGUACGAGGCAUUACAAACCUUUGCCAGGACUGUGGCACGGAGCCCUACCGUCGGGGUUGGGGUCAGGGCUGGAGGGGGUGGAGGAGGGGUGGCAUCAUCCGUCAUCGGUCCGCUUAUACCAGGGAAGGUGGCGACAGCGACGAGUGUGAUAACAAUAGUGAAGUCAAAAACAGAUGCACGGUCUUGAGGGAGGGAAAGAUAGAUGAGGGUGGAUCAGGGUGGAGUUCAGCUGCAUCAGAGUAAUUCCUCUUCUCUGCUGCCCCCCUCUCCUCCACCUGCACUGAUUUCAAACAGCUGGGCAUUCUCAAUCACUUUGCCUCAGCAUGUUCCUGUCACCUGUCUCAGAUCAGUGCAGAUGAAGGAAAGAAGCAGAGGACGGUUAUUGAGACUAUAAAGAUGCAAGCUCUUGGUCAGCGCAUGAUCGUUUAGCACAGCAGAGACAGACAGGGUUCCUACGGUCACUGAAAGCCUGGAAAAGUCAGAGAAUCUGAGAAUUGGUUUACUCCAGGUCAAGGAAAAAAAUUAUUUAAAAAAAACAUAAAUGUCCCAAACUCUUUGGAAAAAUCAUGCAGUUGUUUUCAGUUGAUCAUUUAAAUCAGACGUUCGGUGUCAGGUGUUACUGCUGGUAGAUAUUUGUAAAUGCAAAAUAAUCCUGUCACACAUUUGCACACUAGAUUUCAAGUGGUCAUUUGCCUGAACCAAAAUGUGCGACAUUUAAAUUAGCUUCACCAACAGAAAUAUUCGUAAACAUGCAUUUACGUAUGUGUAAUGAGUUCCAAAAGAAAACACAAGAUUUCAUGUGACCUGCUGAUUUCAGUGGCUGCAGAGACGUCCCAUCUUGCUCCACCUAGCCAAGAACUUUUUCAGAAGAGUACUAUAGAAAAAUAUAUAUUACACAAUGGUGGUAACUGUAUUUCUACUGUUUUGUACUGUGUUGUCAUUCACAUGAGGUCCAAAGUGUAUUCUCUGUGUGUGAAUUGUUAUAUAUCAGGAAUUCUGUGAAAUUCUGUGGCGCGUGUUCGUUUUGGUAUUGCUAUAUUUAGUUAGCUGUAUUUUUUCUACGGUCUCUUCACUUUCUAUGUCCGACUCUCUCUCUCUCUCUCGCUCUCUCUUAUCUAUUAUUUCUCUGUCCUUCCAUUCUUUCAAUUCCAACUGGCUUCCAUUAUUACAUACAGUACUUCCUGGAUCUAACAGAAAGAGGAGAGAAAAGACAAUUGAUAUUUACCAAAAAACAAACAAACAAACAAAAAAAAAAAAACAAAAGAAGAUGCAACAUAGUUUAGAAAAAAGGAGAUAAAGUGAUUGAAAGUCACUGACCUUAUCUCAAUUUGUAAGUAUUUUCAGGGAAAUGGUCAUUUGAACACUUGAGCUGAAUUAAGAUAAAGUUGUCUUCUGUCUGUUUGAGUUCCUCUCAAAAGUAAAUAUUUGAGAAAUUUGGAAGGGCAAGUGCCUUGGUCUCCUAACGAUAUGCAUCAAGAAGAAGUCAAGAGGACGUGAGGAAUUGUAGAAGGACGGUGGAGAUUCAGUGGAGGUGUUUGCUUAUUCCUGUGCUUAUUGGGAUACACUGACCAAUCAGGAAUCAAGUUGUGACAGCAUUUAACUCUCGCUGUGCGUUGUUGUAUGAACUGUGUAGUAGCCAUCAGGAUUGAUAAUAAUAUUAAUAACACCCAUUUAUGUGACUUGGCAGUUCAUUUACUUAAAGAAAAAAACGGGAGCCCGCAUCAACCCUCAUUUUCUUACACAGAAUACACUUUUUGGAAAGGGAAUAUUCUGUGAUGAGGAAAAGUUCAUGUAAUUGUUUUAUGCUAAUUACUUCAUUCAUGUUUGUUUUUGAAUUUGACUGACAGAAAUCUAGGCUAUUACAACUACAGCAAUGUUUAUGCUUCAAAACAAAGUGGUCUACGUUGCAUUUCUCUUGCUUUUAACCACAAAGCUCACUUUGCAAGAGCAAAUGUGAUCACUGACAGUGCAGUCACAUGGCAAAGAUAACAAAGAUAUUUCUCUGAAUUUCUAGUCACACAAAUGGAGUGUCAUUUCACAGGAGCUUUAUCAUAAAAGUAGUCUCAUAUGGUGUUAUAUACUCAAAGAAUCUUUGUCUAUGUACGGUAGAGUCUGGAGUUUUAUAAAGACAAUUAUCUUUGCAUUGUUUGUAACGACCUGUAAAAAAAAGAAAAAAAAGAAAAAAAAGGGUAUAGCGAAAUCUGUUUGAUAUACAGUAUCUCUCUAUUUUGCAAUUGUACCAAAAGUGGCUUAACUACUGAAUAGCUUUGUUUUUUCUCUAGUGACUAGGCACGUGUGUGUAACCGUGAACUAGCGUGUGGUGUGCUGUGUAGGUAUGUGACGAGGUAACUAUAAUGUUCACUAUUUCAUGGAUAUGACUUUGAUCCUUGUUUGAUUUCAGACCGAAGCGGGUGACGACACUGUUGGUAACUGCACUCUUUCUCUAAUCAUAAAAUCUUUGUCCUCCUGGCCCCAUAAUUUAGCUUCAGCACUGCAGAUGUGUUAGAUCAUUUGUUAAUCUGCUCGAAAUCUGCACUUAUUAUUUGUAAAUUUUAGGAACUUCUUUUAUGACAGACCCAUUUUCUGUAUUUCUGAACGGGCCUUUGUGGCUCUGUUGUGAUGAGGAAAUGUUAUGGUUAAUGUUAUGGUUAACCUCACAAGCUUCAUAAUAUGUGUAUACAGGACAUCUGGUAACAGAGAUGUGAAACUCAACAAGGGGCCUGUAUAUCACCCCUACUCCUUCAAUAAGUCUUUUUUUUUUUUUGUAGUGUGUGAUAAAGGUAUUUGUUUUUGCUGUGUACAUUUUAUAUAGUUAUGUAUAUUUAAUGUUGUUCCUGUUUCAUUUGCUUCUGAACUGUUCUGUAAGUGUCAGGGAAGUGAAAUAACAUUUGUUAUUGUAUUUGAUGUUUUAUGAAGUGUAAAAAUUCUAUUCUGCUAUUUAAUGAUUUGUCUGUCAAAGAGUGAGGUUUACCAUUAUGAAGUACAAUUGCCUCAAACUUUUUUUUUUAUCUAAGGAAAAACAGAUUUAAAUUCAGUGAUUUACUGAACUAGAAGCAAUUUACAAUGAUAAAAACAUUACAUACAUGCAGCCUUUUACCUGAACCGCUACUUUUCCACUGUGAAGAAAAAGGGGUUAUCUAGCCUACUGCUGUGCAGUUAUUAAGAUUAGUACGGUGUGUCCUCAUCUGUACAGUAUAUUGAUAUAAAAUAGGAUUCAAACAGGUGAAUGAUGAGCAAAGGCUAAGGUAGGGAAUGGGUUUGAGAUUUUAAAAUAUUAUUUCUCCAUAAUCAUGACACUGAUAAGCAUUUUUGCAUGUUCAGGCAACCGUGAAACCAGAGAACUACAAAUGUCAAAUGAAAAUGUCCAAUGUAUAUUUUUCAAAUGUCUUAUCACAGAAAUAUACUCCAUGGUAUUCAGCUACAAACAUGUAUAAGUAUCACACCCAUUGUAUUUGUGUUUCUUUAUAUUUAAAAAGACCAGUUUGCCCUCUUUUUAUGGGCAGAAUGCUAUGAUUUCAUUUUAUACUGGAUUUUUUUUUCUUUCUGUCACUCUUUUGCUUACUGUCUGUCUUUAUAUUUGCUUGUUGACUUGUGUGUGUUCAUAUGGUAUGAAAUAGGAAGAAGCACAAUGUGCUAAGAUUUGUUUUGCAUAAAUUUGAAGGUAAAUUUGAAACCUCCCUGUGCUUGUCAAACUGUACGUACUGUAUGUACCACUGUCAGACAAUAUGUUUUCACGUACUUUUAAUUUUUAUGCUUCUCUAGCUUAAAAAGGACGCAUACUGUGCAAACAUGAGUGCGUCAACAUGGUGGCUGCUGUUAAAUAGACAUCUCUAAUUAUGCAAACUCUGUAGGGCAAAAUUAGAACUCCUGCCACACAGGAGCAGUGAUGCUAUUGUCGUCGUUGUGUCAAGUUGUCAGUUUUAUAAUCGCAGGUACGGUGGGAUGUGACAAGGUUAAAGAGCUUAUAUACAGCGUGCUUAGCAUUUUCUUCUUGGUUGUAAAUGCCAGCAUCGGUUUGUCUCUGUUAAAUCUGGCUUAUGUGUUGCUUUUUCUCUAUUUCACUUAACAGAUAACCGUGAAAAGAUGAAAUCAUCAAUUUUUUUACCCUUUGUCAAUUGAGAAGAAGACAAGAUGCAAAAUCUACUGUAACUGUCAUGCAAGGCCUCCUGUCAGACUUAACAGUAUCAUUAUUUUUGUCUUCCAGACUCAAAUAUCUUGUGGGUUUAGUAUUUCUCCAGUGCGAAGCAGUGUGUUGCGUCUCUAAACAAACGAGGUGAAACAGUACAGAGGUUCAAUCCUAAUUUUCACUCAGCAGACAUGAUCAGAUGACAACAGUGACCUUUAGUGAUUAUCAUAACAGAGUUUAUGAGCUAAUAAGACAUGCUGACCUUAUUUUUCCGCAGCCUGUACAGAGGUCAUACCCUUCUUAUGAAAAGACAUUUCAUCACAAACCCAAGCAACCACUCUUAAACCACAUCUAUAAAUAUUUUACAGAGGCAGAAAGGAGUGGUGGAGACACAUCUGAUAAAACUCUUGCUCAUUCCCUACCCCACUUAUCCUAUCCCUAUUUACAAAGUGUCUGCAAGUGAACUCAGCAAGCCCUUCUACACAACAUCAGAUUCUUCUGGAAGAUGCAAAUCAUUAACUCCUUAUCUUGCUGCGUGACCAAUCGGUAUGCAGUCAUUCAGUUGUUUUCCUGUUAACUGAGUCACGCCACUGGACUCUAAAAGUCCUUUCACCCACCACCGAUGCCGAUCCAUGAAGUUGAAUGAAGCACAGAUUCCUGUGAUCUUUUUUUUGUGUUCAUCAAUAAUAAUGUUUGUUGUGUUGGCCCUCCUGCUGCUUUCUUUUCAUCUCUGCUGCCCCUGCCCUCAUCAGUUGUUUUUAACCUCUUACAUAAAAUCUUACCCCGAGUUCAGGUAUCACGCCAUAUUAACUUUUUGUUGUUGUUGUUGUUGUAACAGACUCCCUCUCUAAUUUACUUCCCAACAAACCACUUGUGUCUGCUAGUGAACAUUUGGCCAGGUUGCUGGGAUAUUUUUGUGUUUCUAAAAGCAUAUAACGGUCAGUUUAAAGCUAUAGAAAAGUAGCGAGUUUGUGUGAAUAUGGCAUUGCCUAUUCAGAAAAGCCCUUGUAAUAGGAAAUUCUGUGUUUUGUAAUAUUUCUGUAUGGGGUGUAAUAAAUUAUUCUACGACAGUACUUUCUAUGGGAAAAUACAUAAAAUGUGAGUCUUUGUAAGUAUUUAUCUUAAACUAAAUUAUUGUACUUUUUUUUUGCAAUUUGUAGAUAUGUAAGUGAUGAUGACAAGGUACUGGUAAUCAUGAAAUUAAUUUCAUCAUCCGUCUGAUGCAUCUUUUAAUUUAUUGAUGUAUAUACUGUAUGUUUGUUGAUAAACAGCUUACUUUAUUUUGUAUAUGACCAAUAAACAUGUUUUAAAAUGGAA